AGCUAACUAUCAAAUUUACUAUAAAUUGAAUUUAAUUUAAUUUCUUAAUUUUAUUAACUCUUGAUUAAGUCGAGAGGCAACAUUGUUAUCCACUUCGAUUUGCUCCAGAUUUCAAAUAGUGCAAUAUAUUUUAUAUCUUUUCCCCAAUAAGUAAAUUAAACAGAUCUAAUACAUUUUGUACAAUACGCAGGAACGUUACGUUAAUGCAUGUUGAUUUUCGUUGCGCGUAAGAUUCUCAAAAAUGAUUGAAGAUAUCGGAGAAAACAUACGACCUUGUUCGAUAGUUUUUUUUAAGAAUACUAUCAUUGCUAAUUUCAAUCUAUGUGUUAUCGGUGAGAAUGGUAAUUAAUACAGAAAUAUGUUAUUCAACUUGAAACUGUCAAUAACAAAUAUAUAACAAAUUAAUGUUCACAUGUAAUAUCAAAAUUUCAAAGAUGAUGUCAUCAAAGAUACGUCGUUGUAAUUUAUCAGUUUAAACGCUACGUAGCAUACAAAUAACGUCAUAAACGUUUAAAAAGUUUUGCAUAAAAAAUGAUAAUAUUUUACUUGUGAUUACAGAUCUAGUGUACAUAUUGUCAUUCAAUUUUGGUCUUGAACGAAAAAUUGUAUUUUGGGCAGAAACUACGCCUUAAGAAUCAUGACGUCCCGAUGUAAAUGUCCGAAAUCAGACACGAAGGCGAGCGAACAUUCCUCACCCUAUUUAGAAGAUAUCACAAUGAAGAUAAAGGAGCGACGUUGCGAUCUUCUCGGUAGACAGAAAUAUUUAAAAGAAAAAAUUACGACGAUGGAACGAUCGAUUCCUGCGUUAAUAGCAUACAAUAUGUGGAUGUCGAAAAAUUGCGACGACGCGCCGUACUGUAAAAUUCGCAAGAUUAUGAAAAUGUUCGCUCCUUAUCCGGACCAAACUGAAAAACUUCUCGAAAGUCUGAAGAAUGCUGUGAAGGAUCUGAACAAUGAGACUGAGGAGUUGCAUGAGAAGAUCAUUCAAGCGGAUGUUAAAUUGGAAGAGACAGAAAUGGAAUUAGAGUCUUUGGAACUUAUAAAUAAGGAGAUGAACAACAAGUUGAAGAAUUUGGAGAAAGAAGUACGAUGUCACGCUAGUCCGAGUCUUCACUCGAUACAUUCCGAGGAUUUACUUUGCUUGACGAAGAUUCGUCAACUAGCUGAGGAAGAAUUAAAUCUGAAGAAUUGUAUUAAACAAUUGGAAAAAAAGGAAACGCUUUUCAAGGAACAUAUGGAUCGAUUAUUAACAUCUAAGGAGUAUCAAAAUGUUUGCACUCGAAAGAAAGUCGUUAACUGCAUUCCAGAUUUAAAUAGUAGCGGGAAAAGAAUAUGUUACGCGCCUAAAAAAUGUUUAUUGCAAAAACAAAAUGAAUCAAAGAAAAAACAGGGAAAGGAAAAAGCUGUCAUCUCACAAAGUGACGCAAUAAUUUCUACAUCGAAGCAGAAUAUUGAAAAAUGGGAUCAAGAAACUGAGCCUGAACAGCCUAAGGGAGAAAUCGGAAAAAUGUCUUCCUGGAUAUCGAAUUGGUGGUCAAAAAACGAAAAAUCGGAAGUUGCAUCUCAAAUGAAAAGCGCAGAUACUCACACAUCAUUUAUUGCGAAUAAUGUACUAACUGAAAAAUUAACUACUGCUACAAUUAAACCCAGAACUCAAUCGUCCACUACUCCAAAAAAAUCGAACGAUGAGAAAACAAGCGAUGAUGAGCCAAUCAAAUUGUCAAAGCCCAACUCGAAGUCAGCGCAGUGUCAUCGCCCUUGUUUUACUUCUCAGGAUCUUGAAUAUGUUUUGAAAAAAACUUGUGUAGGAAAACAUAUUCCUCCUUGCAAAAUCCCUUGUAACAAACCUACCAGAAGUUAUGCUACAUCUUCAAGGAAACCUUUCUACGAGCUACCACGUUAUACAAUGGCAGAUCAUGGUAUUCGAACAGGGUGCAAAUCAUACGUGCUACCUUGUGGUCUCAGAAAACCCUGCGAUAUUAGAGAUCCCUGUGAAAUUUGUCCAUCGACGCCCUGUUCACGUAUAGGUGGAAGCUGCAGGUGUAAUUGCAGGGGCAAAUGUGCUCGUGGGUUAUCCAACGCAGCAUGUAACUGUAGCGAUGAUCCGCUAGAUCCUUCUGGGGAAUAUCAACCAAUUGGUUCAAAGCAGUUGGCUGAAGAGGAUAGUGAGGAUGAAUUUUGUGAAUGUUGCUCAUGCGGUUGUGAAGACAGUGAUGAAUCAUUGUGCCAGUGCACCUAAAUGGGAAGUAUUUGUGGUGACUGAAUCUGAAACUAAAUCAAACAAAUAAUUAUGAAAUGAGGAAGUUUCAAACAUUAUUUUUUAUAUUAAGCAAUUUUUUAAUACAUACUUUUCAGCUCUUAAGCCAACUCUUUUAUUACAAUUCAUACUAUUUAUUGUAUCC